ACGCCAUCUACUGUUGUUCACCGCCUAUAAUAAAAUCUGGAUAUUCAUUGGCUACGUGUCAGAGACGCUACACGUGCGCCAUCUUUCCACUCGCAAAACCGCAUCCGAUCUAGCUGCGAGCGUCGUCUCUACCGUCUCGAGAAAUACAUUUCAAAUUUAUUUGUUAGAGAAUCAGAAUGCCAUCCUGUGCAGCCAUAAACUGCACUAACAGGCAGUUUAAGGGAUGUGGAAGGACAUUUCAUUUGUUCCCUUUUGGACGCCCUGCCUUGCUCAGAACAUGGCUUGUAAACGUGAAGAGAGACGAGUGGUUUCCAUCGAAGAAGGCAGUGUUGUGUUCAGAUCAUUUUACAGGACACAGCUUUAACCACAGUGGUCAGACAACCCGGCUGGCAGAAGAUGCUGUACCAAUACUCUUUGACUUUCCAGACCAUCUCAAGAACGUUCAACGUCCAAGGAAAGCUCCACGUGAGAGGUGUAGCAAGCAGGUGGAGACAAGCAACAACUCUGACCCUGGAGAACUGAGUCCCAAGUCUUCCCGUGAGUUGGUUGAGAAAGAUCAUUCCUACUCGAUCGAGGAGAGUCCGAUAGCACUAAAAAGAAGACUUUACGCUGCAGGGGAUCAGAUCAAUAGCCUAAAAACACAACUCAAGACUACACAGCAGAAAUCUCGCCGCCUUAAAAAGAAGUUAUCAUCGCUCCAAGAGGUUGUGAAGUCGCUGGACGAAAAACAGCUGAUCUUGACUAAUGGUGCAGAAAUGCUACAAAAGACGUAUACUGAUGUUCCAUCAGCGAUUAUGACAAGAAUUCCUUCAUCCAAGAAGAACGGAACGCUUAGCCGGGAUAGUUACCCCCCAGUAUUGCGAGCGUUUGCAGUAACACUUCCGUUUUACAGUGCAAAAGCAUAAAAGGACGUACCCAAAACCUUUGAUUUUGCUCUUCCUCAUCCAACAACCAUCAGAAAGGGGUACAGUGGAGUCAAUGGCGAACCAGGCUUCACCCAGGAGGCAAGCUGAAGGCCGAUGCAGCGAAGGACACGAACAGUCAAGUCGUAUGCGCCCUCAUGUUGGACGAGAUGGCUAUCAGGAAGCAUGUUGAAUGGGACGGCUAAAAAUCCCACGGUUACGUCGACGUCGGUGUUGGGAUAGAAGAUGAUACCACACCAGUCGCACAGGAUGCUCUAGUAUUCAUGGUUGUAGCCCUGAAUAGCAACUGGACAAAUUUCUGUUGCGUACUUUCUUAUCAAUGGAAUGACAGGGAAGGAGCGGGCCAACCUGAUUCAGCAAUGCUUGAUACGUCUUCAUGAAGUUGGUGUUCGCUGCGUAUCAUUAACUUGUGAUGGGCCGUCAUGUCACCUGACAAUGCUAGCAGAACUGGGAGCAAAGAUGAACGUGGCAGACCUGAAUCCAUCGUUUCCUCAUCAAGCAAGUUCAGACCACCGUGUCUAAUUUCUUCUCGACAUCUGCCAUAUGUUGAAGUUAAUUCGCAACACUUUAUUGCCUCAGUCUGUUGUUGGUUGAAGCUAGCUUAUACCCCCGUCACACCGGACGGCGACCAUCCGCGACCGUACGGCGACCAGAAAAUGUACA